AUGCGCUCCAGAAAUGACAUGCCAACUGCCUUGGAGUUUGCAUAUCUAUUAGCGCCCACCAUUCGCGAGUCAUUGAAACAACUCACUGACAUUGGCUUUGUCUACUACACUUCCCCACACACUUAUUGUGAAGUACCAGAUGAGAUGAAACUCCCGUUUCCAGACCUACCUUCUUCGUCUGUUCCAUCGUCAGUAGAUGACCAGAGGUUGAUGAGAGACUGGAGGGGCAGCUUUGGUAAACCGGUCCGUCAACUGACCAUUCAAAAUCAAAGUACCAAGCACAAUGUAGGUACCUUUCCAUUGUUCGCAUACACAACACCAGAUCAGCCUCCAAGACCAUUAGAUUUUUCCACCACAGACGACCUCACAGCUAGAGAAACAGGAAGCGGUCAGAGGAGCCAUGUUAUUUGAGGCCAACAGUGUUGUGGUCGUCAAGCGCGACCACAUACGUGGAUACCCGAAAAGGGGACCCUUCUUUGUUGGAAUUGUCGUAGCUGAUGUCAGCGACAAGGAAGAGAAUUCUUUUUGUGAUAUUGAGUUGUUUGUUUCUUCAUUUGAAGACUGUCUGCUGUUUACUUUGAAUGAAAGCGCACGAAUCCACCGAGAUGCUAUCGUCAGUAAAGUGGGGGAAGAG